AUGUUCGGCUCUCCGACGACCACCCGCAAGCAGGCCAGCUUUGCCGCCAUGGCGUCUUCUGCCCGCCUCUGGCUGAAGAACACCACGGCCAAGGUCAGAGCAUGGCAUGAGGCAGAGGUGAACCAACACUGUGCCAGCUCCAGAACCAACAAGUUGCAGUUGGCAUCUGCCAGAGCUCUACAGAGUAGGAUGACCUCAUUGUCCAUCAGCCUAUUGAAAUUCAGGGCCAGACUUGGCAGGCUUUGAUUGUUCUUGAAAGAUGACAUCAUAUAUUUACAGCAUGCUGAAGUCAAAGAACACUCCCUCAGCACCAGUCUCUGCAAAGGACACAUGAAAUGGCCCGGAGCAUUCCAGAUAUGCCUCCAUCCUGCAUCCUUCAAGUCCUCCUCUGCCAGGCUCAGGUGGGUCAGCAUCUUCCUGUGCCUGAGAGAGAAGGUGAUUUCUUCACAAGAGGCCUCAGGUCACCAUUCUCCAGCAUCAGUUCCCUGAGGUAACUCUGCAGCAGGUGCUUCACCCCCAAAAUAUAAGGAGCUUGCUCUCAAUAACAGUCUUCAGGUACGUGUUCCUUUGAAGACUGCUGGUAAGCUGAAUCCAGUCUCUAAAGGUGGCCUCACAGUGCUUCAACUGUAACCUUUGCACUUUACACUGGGGCUUCUUCAGGGCAGUGGUGACUCCUGUAUGAACAGGGCCUCCAGGACGCUGUCAGUCACCGACAGCACUUCCAGAUCUUUAUUUGUUUCAAACACGGAGCAGUUAUCUUGCCACCAGCUGAUGACGAUCUUAUUCUCUCAGCUGAGUGCCCUGGGAAGGAUCUGCUGAGUCGGGCUGAAGCUCCUGGUGGAAGGCUCUUGACAGAGUCAGUUAUACUUUCUUCAAACCUCGACAGUGCCUAAGACAAAACGCAGAUAGCUGAAGGUCCUUCAGGCUCCUGAGUUUCAAAAAGACUUUCUGGUAGCUUUCCAGGGCACUGCAGACAAAGCUCUUCUCUGCGAUUUUGGUCAGGCAAGGGAAGAGCUGGGAGCAGUCAUAGCAUCCAUAGUCAUUCAAUGGGUUAUCAUGCUUAUGGCCUUCAACUUGUUACCCAAGGCCAAUCUGCACUGGAAGGACCUCAUCACGAUGCCAGCACACGCUUCAUUUAAAAGACCAAAUACGAAAAGCCCCAUCUGAGUCUCACAGCUUUCUCUGGCUCUCGACAUUGUGAUCAGAUUCUGCAUGUUCACUUGGCUCAGUGGGUGAUAAUAUACAAUUCUUUAGGGGAAAAGGAGAACAUAAAAUGGCACCAAAAAAAUCUUGGAAGAUAAAUAAGUCAAACACAUAAUGGUCUCUUUGGUCUUCUAGCUUUUGAAGAAUGUUCACAUGAGGGAAAGCGUCUAUGGUGGCCUCAUCCACCUUGACAUGCUGAAAGUCCGUCUUAUCAAACACUCUUCAGGUCCCAUCCACCCUGGGCAGCCAGAUGGCACACACCUUCCAAUUGCUUUUGGUAAUUACCACCGGAAAGUGUCUUACAUGUGGUUGGGAACAGGGUAGCCAGGUACAACACACACACAGAUGUUGCAUUUGGACAAGCCUUUGUGAGAUUUACCAUUUUCUGCAUUAGUUUUCUUAGACAAUGGCACACUAUCCAGCACACCACAGGAACCCGACACAUGGACAAUAGAAUGGUGUUUUUCAUGGCAAAAUCCACAACUUGAUUCCCUAUCAUUUUGCCUCUGAAAUACAACCUGAGAUAGUUGAGUGUUUCAGUCCUCCUAAAUCCAGUCAUGGUGACAUGGGAGGGACGCUUGACUAAGAAGAGUUCAACUCCUCUCCAGGAGGUUGGUCUCACCAUGGUCAGGAGUGUGGCUUCUGGAAGCAUCCUUUUUGUUUAACAUGCAGCUCAGGAGAACAGACCCAGGCAACAUCUGGUUCCAGUCUUCCACCAGAUCAGCUGGUCUUGUGAUGAGGGAAGAUGUGAGCUCCUCAAAGCCGUCCAACAGGAGCAGAAGUUGAUCUGUCUGGAUAAAAUCUUAGACAAGAGCCUGAGACCUAAGCCCUUGGCCCUCAGUCAGCUCCGAGAAGCUGCGCUCUCCCACCCAGCUCAGCUCCCGGCAGUGGAAACAAAGCAAACUUGAAUUUGUGCGGUAGAACUCGUUGUGCGCCCACAUCAGCAUCAUCUUUCUGGCCAGCGUUGUUUGUCUGAUACCAGGAAUUCCAUGGAUGACCACUAUCUUAGGUUGUGACUCCUGGGUAGAAAGAGACAUGGCAAGAUUGCCUUGUGGUCUCUCAUAUUGAUGUGUUUCCAGGCCAGACGGCACUGUCCCACACAGGGAGGCUCUUUCCCAUCACGUGCUGUCUGUACUCCUGUAUUUUACCGCAGUCUUCUUUCGUCAGACUCAGCGGUGUUUUCCUUAGAUGGGAGUCCUUUGGUUCCAAGGAGUCCCAGCUCACAAACAAGGAAGUCUAUUAGCUUUAGUAGCCCAUCAAAAGCAAGUUCAGGGAAAGGCUAUGCUGGCGCCACUCAAAGCAGAAUUGCCAUGUCGAGAACGAUGGUUUCUGUUCCUGAGAUAAAGCCUGUAGAAAAACUGAAUAUUUCUGGCACUAAGACAGUACAGGUGUUUGAUGCAAGAGGCGUUGAUGUUACUCCCCGACCUCUCUACCAUCCAGAUCCACACCUGGGAACAGCAAAGCCCAACAAACUCUUGAUGUCACAAGAAGGAUCACUUGCAUCAGAUUUUAUUUCUUCAUACAGUCUGUAUCAAAAUACAGUUAACCCUAGUAUGUUAGGGCAGUUCACAAGGUCAGUCAUGGGGAGCAGCACAGUGUCAAAGUCAAGUGUGUCCACAACCGAAUCAAUGACGGAGGAUCUAGAAGAACCAGCUUACAAGAGGGAAAGACUGGCUAGUUUUACAGAUGUGCGAGUUCUGAGAAUCACACCUGAGACAUCUUUAACAAAGGAAGACCUGGAGAAGAACAUAGAGAUCAUUCUCACGGAGACGAAAACACUGAAAUUUUUUGACCUGCCAACAGUCAUAUACUCAGUAGAAUCCGAAGAAGCAGAGAAAAUAGUACUGAAAAAUAAGAAUUAUGAAGUCCUUUGUAGAAAUAGAUUAGGCAAUGACCUGUAUGUCGAACGGAUGAUGCAAACAUUUAAUGGCGCACCAAAGAAUAAAGAUGUCCAGUGUGAAAAGAUCAUAAUGGAAGACAAAGGCAUAAUGGCCACCGCCUGGGAUUUGUAUGAUUCUUUCAACGCUCCCGAAGCUUUGCUGUCAGCAAAACCAUCAUCCGUGGCUGGAAGUAAAGGAAAUUUACUUGCUAAAGACCAGGACGAGAACCUAGAUGAUAGUGAAACUAGCUCCCUCAUGGAUAUAGAAAAUGUAAUUCUGGCUAAAGUUCACGAAGAUGAAGAAGACCAUUCAGAGGCCAUAUUAAAAUCUGAGAAGCUUCAACAAGACUUAUUUUUCAUGGAAAGGGUUUUAAUGGAAAAUGUAUUUCAGCAGAAGCUUGCAGCCUACCGCCAACUCCCUGUUUUAAAAGACCGUGAACCUGGAGAGUUGGAAGAAGUUACGGAAGAAGAAAAUCUCGAGGAAACAGAGGAGGAGAGUAAGGAGGACGAAGAAGAAAUGGAAAUGGAUCUGGAACUGGAGCUCGAGAUAGCCACAGAGCAGUCAACAAUACCAGCCAAUCUGGAGCGGCUCUGGUCUUUCGCCUGUGACUUAACUAAAGGCCUUAAUGUGAGCAGCCUCGCCUGGAAUAAAGCAAAUCCAGACCUUUUGGCUGUUGGCUAUGGAAACUUUGGAUUUAAAGAGCAAAAAAGAGGAAUGGCUUGCUGCUGGUCAAUAAAAAACCCCAUGUGGCCAGAGCGCAUUUAUCAGAGUUCGUAUGGAGUUACGUCUGUGGACUUUUCCAUCGGCUCACCUAAUCUGCUAGCAGUUGGCUACCACAACGGCACGGUUGCGAUUUACAAUGUGCAGAGCAGCAGUAAUACUCCAGUUCUGGACAGCAGCGAGUCACCUCAGAAACAUCUGGGACCGGUUUGGCAACUGCAGUGGAUAGAACAAGACAGAGGAACCACGGGGGAUGACAAGAGAGAGAUCUUGGUGUCGAUAUCAGCUGAUGGAAGGGUCUCCAAGUGGAUUAUUCGAAAAGGACUGGAUUGUCAUGAUUUGAUGCGGCUGAGGCGAACUACUGUUACGAGCAGCAAAAAGGGGGCAGAGAAGGAAAAGAAGGGAGAGGCUCUGAUCUCUCGACAGGCUCCCGGGAUGUGCUUCGCUUUCCACCCCAAGGACACAAAUAUGUAUCUGGCUGGCACAGAAGAAGGCCUUAUUCACAAGUGUUCCUGUUCAUACAAUGAGCAAUACCUAGAGACAUAUAGAGGACACAAGGGUCCAGUGUAUAAAGUCACGUGGAACCCAUUCUGUCCUGACGUCUUCUUGAGCUGCUCUGCAGACUGGGGUGUCAUGAUCUGGCGUCAGGAGACUCUCAAGCCAUAUUUGAGUUUUUACCCAACUACUUACGUUGUUUAUGAUGUCGCCUGGUCUCCAAAAUCCGCUUAUAUUUUUGCUGCUGCAAAUGAGAGCAGAGUAGAAAUUUGGGACCUUCAAAUCAGCACUUUGGAUCCUCUGAUUGUGAAUGUUGCUAACCCUGGAAUCAAGUUCACAACCGUUCUCUUUGCCAAGCAGACAGAUUGCCUUCUCGUGGGAGACAGUGAUGGGCAGGUUGCAGUCUAUGAACUGAGAAAUAUGCCUACUGCUUUGGACAAUGGCCGGGGAGAUGUAAUAAACGUUCUGCUUGGGUCCAAGACAAACCAAUCAGUAUAAUCUAUCAUUUGGAUUCUGUUGCAUUUUAUUCUUGUUUUAGGAAAAGGGAAUAACAUUAUAUACCAUAAGAUUUUUAGUUUUAAAAGAGCAAUAUGGGGUCUAUACCUUCCAUUUAAAUUAAAUUAGCUUCUAUUUCAGAAAUGUGAUUAGUUUAUAAUAUAAAAUAAGCUUAAGGUUUUUGUUGGGAUUUUUUUAAUUUUCUAAAGAUAUUUCUGCUACACUUCUUGGUCAUAUUUGAAGUAUCUAUUAGCAAAUACAUAUACCUGUAAAAUGUCUAAAUAGCUUAAAAAAGUUGUUUUUUUUUAAAAAAACUUAGCUAUUUUUAGAAUUACUUAAUCUUCAGUCAUUAGAAGAUAAAAUUCCAGCAACUAUCAAACCUGCUUCCCAAGCUCUGCUUUUAUGAUUUACAGCAGCACGGCCACUUCUAUGAGCACGGUGAGUUCUCACACCUGACUUGGAACAUCAUUGCUGUCCUCCUAAAUCCGAGCCCUGAAACUAGAGAGCUUUAUCAGACCACUUGACAAGCUAGGGGAUGGAGCAGCAAAUAUCAGCAUCCCAUUGUCCAGCUAGCCAGCAUCCUACUCUCUCGUCAGAGGGCAGCGCUCAUCUGAAAUAUGUCUUUACCUUCCUCUGAAAGCCCUGAAUCAUCUGCCAUGAAGUUUCAGCCCAGACUUGCGUUGUCUCUGCAAGAAAACAGAAGGUCUCUGACCUAUACAUUGUGUCAGGCAGUUGUCUAAAGAGGUCUAGGGAGAGAUUGGGUAGAAAGGGUAGAGAACCCUCCAUACCCAUCCACUGACACAGACUGCACAGACUGCCAAGAGGUGGUCCAUGUAGGUCCUUAACAAGUAAGUAUUCAGGGCAUGGCAGCCUGCUCUGUAAAGUGUUGUGAGUGGAGAAAGGAGAUGAGGUUUGUGAAGCUCACAGAGGCUCUGGAGGUCGUGAAUGUCUGUGCUGGCGAUAAGAGUCCAUAACAGAGAGAAGAUAAGUUCUGACGACAAGCAACCAUCGCCUCGCCAUCUCCAGAGUUUGGCAACCAUGCAUUAAACAAAAGCAAGGAAGUCUUUAGGUGGCUCUUGAGUUUAGGUCAGGUCAUAAAAAUUAGAUGGUUUUCUGCUGGUCUAAGUCAUUGUGGCUGUCUUUCUGGAAGGUUAAACUGCGUUACUUUGAGUAAGAAAAAAAAUAAAAACUUGAUUUAGUUGAAAAAAUGUAUUCCUUUUUAUUGUAAUGGUUUUUUAAAAAAUUAUAUUUUUUCUCUUGUUUAAUAAAACCUGGCUGAAAAAUAAAGAUGUCAUUUUGGACAUUGGAGAACUGAUGUAAGGAACUGGACCUCCUCUGCUUCACUCUCUCCCCUCUAUCACGUGGGCGGAAAUGAUGCUCUCACAUCUGUAGAUUAAGGGUGAUUUUUGACUUUCCUUUGUAUUAGGCAAAAUGUAGAUAAAGAGAAUCAGGUUAAUUUACGUUAAAAGAGCUAAGCUAAAGUCAACCAUUCAAAACUAAUAAUUCUCCAUGUCAGGACUGGGGCUGGUUGGUGACCCAAAAGUAAAAGCCUGCUACAAAAUAUAGAAAAUAACAUUAUAUUUCUUAGAUAACUAAGUUUCUUCUUAAGAAAUUUUGCAUUUGUUUUUGUUUUGUGAUGUGCAGUGGGUAGGGUACUUUAUGUGAAGACAAGAGGACAGCUUACCCAAGUUAGUUCUUUCCUUUCAUGGGUCGAUAACUAUAUUUCUAAACUGGGAUUCAUGCCUGGUAUGGUAAAAGUUGGCAAGAUCUGUUGCUUAGUGCCUCCUUCCCUGCUAGACCGUAAGCUUCUUGAAGAGAAGGACUGUGUGCUGGGCUCACCACACUACCCCUUCUGUUGGGAAUGUGAGAAAUACCAUUUGAAUAUAAGGAUGAAGAACUAUAACUUCCUUCUUGCAGAUCCUUAUCACAAUAUGGUUCAAAAGCUUGAAUUUCCUCAGAACCCUAAGAAAAUACUUUAGGAUCAGAGUUGAUAAAACAUUUGAACUGUAUAAUUUAUAGAGAACACAGAGUCAAUCUGGAAUGUUCAUGAACAUAGCUGCAGCUUUCUUCCAUUUUAUUACAGUAAAAUCCAU